AUGGGAAAACCCGACACCAAUGCCUUGGACUUUGGCUUGACCCCGUCUGCGACGGGGACCGGACCAACCAUCCGUGUUGCUCCAAGAGCGCCUCCAACUAAAAGCGAUUUGUCUUGGACACUAUUCAUGAUCUAUGCAUGCAGCUUCCUGGAGGGAGCAGAUGUUCAGCUUCUCCCGGCAUCCUACCGGGCCCUCGAAUCGGAUCUUGGCCUUUCGCCCAGCACCUUGGCAGCGGCCAACCUGUUCCAGGGCAUCACUUUGGCCGUCUUUUCAGUCUUCUGGGGCGUGCUCUCCGACAAUGGCAUCCUUGCUCCUCACCAAAUUCUCUUCGGAGGUUGUACGGGCUGGGGUAUUUUGACCCUCCUUACAGCGGCCAUCAACGACACAAGCUGGAUUUUGAUCAUCAGACUCUUCAAUGGGGUUGCGCUGGCCACUCUGUCUCCAACUACACAGGCAUUGAUAGCCAGCAUCGCUCCGCCUCAGGAGCGUGGACGUUAUUUCUGUUGGCUCGGCUUUAUGCUCGGCUUCGGAGCCAUGGUCACAGCCAUAAUGACCACAGCCAUCUCCAAUUUGACUAUAUAUCCUGGUGUCAAGGGAUGGCGGGUGGCCUUCGCCAUCAUUGGCCUGGUGAGCAUUGUGCUAGGAAAUUUCGUGAAGCGUUUCGCCGUGCUGCCGGCAGACCUGGCUCAUUGGGAAGAGAAGAUCGAGAAGGAGAAGAUAGAGCCAGAGACCCCGGGCGGCGAGCCCUUGAGCUUCACCAGUGAGCUGAAGACCAUGAUCCGCUUCUUCGAGGUCUGGUCAUUUGCCGUCAUCGUUCUCCAGGGUUGCUUCGGAUGCAUACCCUGGUCCGCCAUGGCUUUCGGGACAAUGUUCCUGCAGUACAGUGGCGUUUCGGACUUCACAGCCGGCUGCAUCUCCAGCGUGAUGCUUUUUUGCUCAUCCUUUGGAGUGCUGAUCGGCGGGUAUGUCGGCGAUAAUAUGAAUAGGUGGAGCCGAUUCCACGGCCGGCCGUUCACGGCGCAGAUAGCUACAGGAAUCGCUGUACCCACAGCUGUCAUCUUCUACUCGGUGUUACCCCGCUCACCCGAUAGCAUAGGAACCUGGUUCCUUCUGGUGACAAUCUUUGGGCUCUUCUGCACAUGGUCUGAGUUUGGCGUCAACCGUCCAAUCUUGACAGAGGUCGUUUCCGUGAAACAUCGAGCCAGGAUCCUUGGCGUAAUGUGCGCCAUUGCUGGUUCUGCUGGAGCAAUGGGCGGACCUCUUGUGGCUUUGAUAUCUGAGCAGUGCUUCGGCUACCAGACGCAGCACCGCCCGCUUCACGAAGACAUCCGCCGAAAUAAUGUCAAUGCCUUGGGACUUGGCCUCACCGUGAUGUGCGCAGUUCCCUGGACAAUUUGCUUUCUUGCGUAUGGCGCGCUACACUGGACCUACGAAGCAGAUCUUUCCAAAUUACAUCGGUUCGAUGUGCAGACACCAUUGAACUCCAAGCGGGCCGGCUCUGACGAUGAGGAGUGGCUUAAUGAGCCACCUUUUGGGGUUGGUGGCAGUCCAUGUCCGUAG